CUGAGUGGGUGGGUUUACCUGGUUGCUAGGUGAUGAUUGUGAUCUAAGGGACCAGGAUUAAUCUCAAGUGAGCCCAGAUAACUGGUCUGAUGAAUGGGUACCAUUCAAGUCUCUUGUUAUUCUCACCAUGACAUACUCACUAGAAUUUGGCCUUGUUAAUGCGGCCAACCGCUACCUGACUGCUGAACCUUUCCGUUUCCAGGUGGCAGCCACAGGCAAGCAACUGAAGCCUCGCCAGUUGUGGGUACUGCAGUUUGUGAGCCCACAGGGAGCUGGGGCAGCUGGCCCAGGAGAAGGGGCUGGCCAAAAGCUUCACCUGAUCAGUGCACUGAAACGCUACUUGGCGGCUGACGCAAAUGGAAAAGUCACCUGUGACCAGGACAAACCAGGGCCUCAGACCUUCUUUCUCUUGCAUCAGUAUCCGGAUGGCAAGGUGCUGUCUCUCACCCAGGCACAAGCAUCCUAUCUCUCAAGUGUAGCUUAUGUCCGAUAUUAUCGGGCUGGAAUUCUGGACAAAGAGGGUUGGGUGGGUGAGACGGAGGGCAGAAGGUAGGAAAACAAUGCUUAAAGUUGCCUCAAUAGGGCCUCAAAACUAUUCCUCUAUUGCCCAAAUGUGGGCCUCUUGUUUUGCUUACAAAUGUCUUUUACAAUUAAGAGGCAGAAAUGAGGGCAGGAUUGAGCUCGAUAUGCAGACUAGUUUGCUGUGGUGAGAAGCAGGGUCUUUUCUUAGUGUGCAAGUUUGUAAGUCCAGGCAGCAGAUUCCUGUAAAGUGCAUCAGGAAGAGUGUAAAAUGUCCCUGGACUCCCCGCCCCCCCCCCAUGGUCUCCUUGGGAAGCUAGUCACAUGAGCCAAAGCUCUUUGUCCCUGUCGGCCAAACAGUAUGAUAGUCAGCCACUAAGGGCUGAAGGGGAGAGAAUGUGUCUGAAUAGCUUAUUUGAGUCCCUGUGCUAAGAGUUGCCUGGUGUAUCCUUCAAGGUGCCCUAGCCACUUCCCAUCCACAACUGGAAAUAACUGUUGCACAAUGGAACUUAGGUAAUCAUGGCAACUCCAUAAGCCAAAAGGUGUAACGUAAUUGGUGUAAAGAUACCUGAAUUUUAUUCUGCCAUGUUCUUUGCUCUCAUUGAGAGUGUUCCUGCUUUUCUUGUCUUGGGCAAUGUAGCUGACCAGACAUCCUUCCCUCCCUGCAGGUGUCCUUGCAAAAUGAACAGUCCAAGCGCUACCUGGGUGGAGCAGAGGAGAAUGUCACUUGCUUUGCCCAGGCUGCCACCGAAACUGAAAAAUGGACCCUUCACCUGGCUGUGCACCCCAAUGUUGCCAUGUACAACCCCAACAGGAAGCGUUAUGUGCGGUGUGAUGAUAAAACGGGGGUGCUGCGCUGUGACCGUGACAUGCCCUGGGGAGCUGAAUCAGUCAUCACUAUCUACUAUGAUUUCAGAGGUGAGUGGUGGCAUUUUCCUAUUUUGUUUUCAAUUGAUAUGUCAGUGUAACACACAUCUCCCCCCCCCCCUUUGUGGGGGGGUGUUAAAGAAGCAAAACAAGCAUUCUGCUGUAGGGUUACACACACACACACACACACACACACACACACACACUUUUACAGUAAUUCCUAUUGCAGAUGAGGACUUAUAGCUUACCAUACUAACAAGAAAGUUGCUUCCUCUGAACUAAGGAUUGUUUAAAGUUUUCUGUUAUCCUCUCCAACUAUGAAUCGGACACCUGGGGUAAGUCUGAACACAUGGAAAGGCUUGAGAAAUUUGAGAGAUGGAGAAAGUCUGUACCUGUUACAGGCUUUCUCCCACAGUGAGAAAGUUGGUGCUUUAUUCUACAGAUGUUUGUCUGCUUGUGGUUUUACCUGUACAUGAGGAUUUCUAAGUGCUACAGGUGGGUGGGGUGGCCUGGGAAGGCAGUAAGUGCUUCUAAGUGGAAGGUCUUAAUUCAAAAAGUUUGAGUGACACUGCCUUAUUUACACAUCUCUAUCCAAAAGCCACCCAAGCACCUUCUAAGAUAGUCCUCUGUUAUUGAUGUGUGAAAAAGUUCAGUUUGAGUCAUUUGCAUCUCCUCCAAUAGGUCUGGAGUCCAAUGGUGAGAGAAGGCAAUUUUCCCCAUACAUACCAGGUGAAUUCAAAUUCUGUUUACCCAAGAAGUCACUGUGGCUGGCAGGAAUUUUGAUUUCCUUAACAUCAUUAAUUAGCUUGGGUAAUUCUUAGAACUACUAAUUGCCCUAUGCAAGACUUUCUGGUAAGUUAGACACCAGUGCAAACUUUCCAAAUAAGACAAGAAAGGGAAUUGUCUGUGCAGAGAAGUUUCCAAGUGCAAAUCCUCUUUCCUGACCGUAUUGAUGUUGGAGGUUCCCCACUCUCUCACACACACUUUUAAGUGAAAUUGCACACUAGGCUAAAGAAUCUAAUACAACCAGUUUUUAAAACACACAUGUAGUGUGGAUAAAGGUGUGUAUUAGUGCAGAUGAGAACAUGACUUCAAUCCCAAACUCAGCCUGCAUGUGCCCAUGGCACAUCUCACUAUACCUGGGUUGGGGCAAUGGCCUCUAGCUUUAUCAAGCACACACGUAAACCCCCAAAGUAACUAUGCAAGAAAAAUAGGGUGUAAUCUACGAGGAAACAAAUGCAGUGUCAGCACCACCAACGCUGUACAAAGCUGAGACCCAAUGAACGUCAACUUGCCUAUCAGAACAAAGCACACAUGUACAAAUGAUAUAUGAGAUUCUGGGCAAGGGAAAUACAAUGGGAAAUGUUAAGGGCGAACAGGACUAGGGUACUCUAAAGGGUUGGUGUUUGGAACUGCAGGCAGGGUGGGCCUGUGUGGCAAUUCUGCAGUAAAACAAGCAUCAGCCCUGAUGCUACUUUGUAAGACAAUUGAUUUGGAGAUUGUUUUCCAGGACUGAACAUCAAGCUGCUGUCAACCUCUCAUCUCUCUCGCCUUUGUCUCCAGUAAAGAAGUAUGGAUUGAGGAAUGGGGCUGGCAAACUGUUGGCUUCCAAUGGCUCACUGGUGCCAGAUGUUACCCCACAAACGUUGUACUCCCUGGAGGUGCAUGGCGGCUUGGUCGCUCUGCGGGACGAGGAGGGAAAGUACUUGACUGGGCGAGAGGGUAGCAUGAGAACCGUAAAGAUGGACAAACCUGGACGGGAGGAACUCUUCAGCAUGGAAUCCAGCCCUGCCCAGGUCUCUAUGCGCUCUUCCUCUACUAACAAGUUCAUUUGCUGCAGGCCAGGUAAGUCAGGAGAAAACAGCACUAUCUAUAUUGCAUUGCACUUUGUGAAGCCUCUGCUGCUGAUUGGCUGUUCCGGUCUGAUGAGAUGGAAUGUUUGUGACCAUUCCACCUGCUCAGAAAAUGAGGCACAGUGGUAGUCCACAUUCUGCGAGCAAUGGGACAGUUGUCAGUUUGGCUGGGUAAAACUGAGAUAAAACUGACUUGGGAGGCAGGGUGAAGGCUGGGAGGAGUUCUUAGAAGGCAGGUAAGCUUAGAUGCUGGGACCUUAGAGGCAAGAUGGCUGAAGAGAGGGUGCAGAAGUAAGAAGCAGAAAAAGGGCACAUACAAUUGAAGUAGCAAGGAUCCAGCAAGAUUACGGUCCCUGAAAAAAACCCACAGCAUUUCUUAUUAAAAGUGGUGUGACAGAAGUGCUUGGGAGGCUAACCAGAAUACAAGAUGGCCAAUCGAAAUGGGCUAAGUAGGCAGUGAGCUGAAAAAGCAAAAACUUGAGGAAAUGAAUGGUGUAGCUAUAGAACUGGGGCAAGAAGACUGGAAGAAAACCACACAAAGUGCUUUGACUAGAGAAACCCAGGAUGGAAUUCAAUGUCACUUUCAAGCGAUUGUUCUGCUUCCCAGAUGAACUGAUUCACCUUUCCCACAUACACUGUUCGGGGGUCAUCUUGAACCUGCAGAGCAGAUUUGGGGGGCGAUGGGAGAAGCCAUGUAGCCAAAGAUCUUCCAUCGGGCUCCCCUGGUGAGACAGGUUACUUGAAUCCACACUCUGCACUCCUUUGGAAGAAAUGAAGUACAGCAAGCCAGCAACUUACGGCACAUUUAACUUGUGCACAAUUAAUCCAGAUCUGAAAGAGGAUUUGAAUUUAGGAUUGCACGUGACGUUUUGUGCUCUUAAACCAGCCUGCCUCCAAAGAUAAAGAUAGGAAGGUCCAAAUGAUCCUAGGUCAGUUGACACACAGACAAUGCCCCCAUUCUCUGCAUGAUGUUUUCCUCUUUCAAUCCACAAAACACUGAUUUCAGCCUGCAAGGAGUGGGCAAUGGCAUAAGUAGGAAUGCUGACCUAGGGUGUUUCUUCCCUGCCCCCUGCAGGUGCUGAUCUCUAUGCCAAUGCUAUGGCUGUUGGCAACACAGAGAUCUUCCAGGUGCUGUUUGAUGACACCACAAAGAAGGUCUGCUUCCGUAGCCACAGCGGAGCAUAUAUGUCCUUGGUGAGUGUGCCUGCCAUGUGUUACGAGGAACAGCAGCAAUCAGGCAGGACCAGCUAUUUCAAUUUGUUUCCUAACUAUGGAGAAGGACUGCAGCUCGUAGGUGGUAGAGCACCUGCUUUGCAUGCAGAAAGCCUUUUUUCAGCCACAGCCACUCAUUCCAGUCUUGUCCCCAACCUCCUUCCGACUAUAUUCUACAGUGGGCAACACUGAGACUAAGGAGGGAGGAAGCUGACAGGCAGCCCCACCCCAUGACUGGUUGUAAGUGAGAAUGUGGGGACUGAUCAAGGGCAGAGUGAGGAUGGUGGGGCAGGGCCCCUUUUGCCCAAGUGGAUCAGCCUCCACUGGAUACAUCUGUGCCCAGAUUGUGCUGCACCAACUUAAUCUGGAAUUCUUUUAAAUGUGAGCAAGGAGGUGGGUGAGCUGCAUCCUCGACACUUGGCUGCGAGCAUUCACAAAAAUUGUGGCCUGGUUCAAAAAACAAAAUGACUUAAGCUUGAAACUUGGUGUAGUAGAGGCUUUGCCACCUCAGGUGUUCACCUAACUCUCCCCAGAUGAAGAAGAUAUAUCUGCGCCGUGUGUGUAUUAAUACAGAAAGGCAGGUUGGAAAUGAAGAGGAGGAUAAUUUAGCAAGCGGGGAACUGAUAAAAGGAGGCUUGUUAAAUAGCAGUAGAUAGCUCUUGGUCCUGAACUUGUUUGUUAAUGUUAGUAAGGGCUGUCUCAAUCCUUUUCCAAAACAUUUUUGUCAACUUUAGUGUGGGUGGGGGGAGUUACUCUAUUCUACAAAGCAAAGCAGGGCAUUAUACACAAUCCUCCUUGUGGAAAAGUGAAAAAUUGUUUUUUGUACACUGAGGAUGGAGAACCUGUGGCUCUCAAGUACUCAAAUUCCUAUUGUCCUUGAUCAUUGGCUGGCAGUUAUUACUCCAACAUCUUGAGGGCCUCAGGUUUCUCAUCCCUGCCACAGAUGAAAUAUGUAAGAGUGCAGUAAAAAUGCACAACUUCCUGAACAACCUCUUAAGAGAAAGCUAACUGCUUAAGCCUGGAGCACUGGAGACAUCUUUUUCAGGUCUGCUAUUCACUUGCCUGGGAGUAAAACUUGUUGAACUAAAUGAAACUUAUAAGUAGAGUUGAAGGUGAUCUUCUGGCUGCAUUGCUGUUCAUGGUGUGCACAUACCCUAUCUGCUAUGGACCAUGGUCAGAAAUUUUGCAGAUUUUUGUUGUGCUUCAAAACUUAUACUGUCUACAUCUAACAUACCAUUUAGAAAUCUUAAUUGUUUGGCUUCAGUCUGGGCUAUGGUUCAUAUAGUGCAACUUGAAGUGUGAAGUCAACAAGAAAGUGGCUUUGAAUAAAGCCAAGGUCCACCACCAUCCCUAUCUUGCUGAUGCUAGAAACCCUCCACUUGUGGAGGUAACUACUGCUGGACGCGGGUGGCGCUGUGGGUUAAAUCACAGAGCCUAGGACUUGCUAAUCAGAAGGUCGGCGGUUCGAAUCCCCACAAUGGGGUGAGCUCCCGUUGCUCGGUCCCUGCUCCUGCAAACCUAGCAGUUCAAAAGCACGUCAAAGUGCAAGUAGAUAAAUAGCUACCACUCUGGUGGGAAGGUAAAUGGUGUUUCCGUGCGCUGCUCUGGUUUGCCAAAAGCGGCUUAGUCAUGCUGGCCACAUGACCCGGAAGCUGUACGCCGGCUCCCUUGGCCAAUAAAGUGAGAUGAGCGCCACAACCCCAGAGUUGGUCAUGACUGGACCUAAUGGUCAGUCAUGACCGACUCUUUACCUUUACUGCUGGACUAACCUCCCUGAUAUUGAGAUGCUCAUGCAUUGCUGUACUCUUGUGUUGUGUCACCCACCACAAUGGUAUUCUCAGUCUUGAUGCAGCACCAAAUACCUUCCACUGAAAAUAUAUCAACAUGGAUCUCAGAACGUAGCUGAUAAAGGGACUGCAGCAGGAGGUUUCUAUCAGACAAAGUAAGCCGAAAACACAAAAAGCACUUUCCAACGAAUGCAUCCUGUCUUUUGCAGGGUCCUAAUGACUGUAUUAACAGCAACACCAAACAGGACAGGAAUGUCUGGUUCGACAUCCAGUACCAAGACCAAAAGGUGUGUCUCCGCAUAGCAGACAAGCAAGUGUCCAUGCGGCCCAAUGGACAGCUCCUGGCAAUUCCCAAAGCUGCAGGUACAAGUUGGUAGAGAGCUUCUCUUACAAGCACCAGGGAAUCAGUGUGGACAGGUGAACACAGCUAGGGUGGGAAGAGAGACUGCACACUGCCAGCUGCAAAUUAGCUUUAGGUAGUUCUAGGGGAAAGGAAUGGAAGCGACAGCCUUGCACUAAGUCCCUAGAUAGCCCUCUAGAGGAAUAAUGUGGGGAAAGUCUUUGCACAGAAACCAAGCUGUCCCUGGAUAUAAAAUUGGAACAUGGGGAGCCAACCUUAAGCCCAUCCUGUGAAAUGGCUUUUUAGACACCUCAAGGGCUUCUUGUUGGAAACCAGCAACCAAAACUUUCAUAAUCUUGCUCUUGCAAGAUGGAAUGAGUUCUGUUUACACUCCCUUCCUUACGCUUUGGAGUAGCUAACAUCACUACAAAUACAGCCUGGAUGAAAGAGAAAAAAACACCCUAAGACUCACUAAAACACUGCCCCUCUGUGCAUAUAAUCCUGGCCCCCAGAACUGCAUACCAAGUAGGUUGACAUGCUUCUGUAGCUUCUGUAAUGUGAUCUGGGAAGCAGUCAGAGAAUGAGCUCCAGUUUGGGGGGAACCACCACCAGAAACAGCUGUGCAGUUGUUGUCCAUAGUGGUUACUUGAAUGAACUUUAGGGCAAAUGCCACUGACAGUAGAAAUCGGGAUAAAACCCAAGGGAAGAACAGUAUUUGAAGUCUAAGACAUUAAAAGCUUUCUGUGCCAUAAGCAGCACCUUGAAUCAAGUAAAAAAGACUAAAGGGAGACAUUGUGAAUUCUGGGCCCCUGUUACAACACUCAGCCUGGCUUCUCAGUGUGGGGCGAUUUCUCCUGAUCUUUAGCACUGAAGUUGACUUUCCCUGGGGAGCUGAUUCCCUCUUGAGAGCAAAAGGAAGGGUGGUAAAUAGUUCUCUUUGAAAGCCAGGUGCGGCCAAUGCUAAAGGUUUCCCUUGUACCUUCAGGGAAGAGUGAAGAUUUCCUGCUGGUGCUGGUGAACCGGCCACUGCUUGUCCUGCACAGUGAUGCCGGCUACGUGGGUCUGUGUUCUGACAUGAGGAAGUUGGAAGGGAACUGCGUCAGCUAUGUUGCCAGCAGCCUGUCGCUCACCGAGGAAGGCUACUAUAACUUCCAAGUUGGUUAGUAUGUUUCCAGGUGGGACUAAGUAUAUUCCAAGGGGUUGGGGUCUCCUAGUAUCUGUGUUGCGAGAGAAACAUGACCUACUCAUAAAUGGGAGCUGCCAUCAAAGGAUUUUUAUAAAAACAAGCCUAGUUUAUACGUAGCCAUAAGAGGGAGCCAAAACUUGCUUUCCCAAACCAAAACAAUGCAAGAGAGCACAUCAUCACUAUUCCCCCCUCCCUUUGCCAUUUGUUUUGCUACAUGACCCCUGGACAAUAGUUUCCUAGGCCCAAUUAAGGAUAAACUACUGUUCAGGUUGGAUGGCCAUCUGCCAUGGUUGAUUUAGCUGUGAUUCCUGUGUUGCAGGGCGUUGGACUAGAUGACCCUUGGGCCCCUUCCAACUCUUAUUAUUCUAGGUGUCGGUCAUGUUUUCCCUUUAUACAUGGUUUCUUUCUAAACCAUAUCUAGUAUUGCCAUGACAAGCACAUCCGAAUUACCUGUGAUUCUUUUACCUCGUAAAAGUCGGAGAGAUCCAAGAGCUGGUCUUGCCACGCCUCUAACCUUCCCUGACCCUCACCCUUCCUUCCACUAAUUCUGCCACUUGACCUACAGGCAGCAAGUACUGGGCUCUGGAUAACGAUGGACAAAUCUUGGUAAACAGUGACCGUCCCAGCAAUUUCACCAUCCAGUUUGCAUCCUCCAGUUGCCUGAUCAUCAAAGCACCCAACAACAAGUUUUUUGUGGCUGAGCAAGGAGGCCGACUAUGGGCAGGGGCUUCAGACGCAUCUGGAGCAACACUGUUCCAUUUCUAAGAGCAUCUGACCUUGCUCUUCCCACCAAUAAACUUUUUCUGUGUGGGCUU